AUGAGCGGGGGGAGGCUGCGGCUGAAGAGGAGAGGAGAGGAGAAGCCCUGCAGGGACGAGAAGAGGCAAGCUUCCGAAGCGACUCCUGCAUGCUGCUCCUUCGCUGCCCGCGAGACCCUCCCGCCCAUCGGGCUGCUGAACGCGGGAAACACAUGCUACGUGAACGUGAUCGUGCAGAUGCUGCGCCAUGUCCGCCCUCUGCGCCGACUUCUUCUCGGCAUGAGCCCCGAGGACAUGAAAUCCUCCGUCCUCCUCGCGCUCCAGCAGCAGCUGCGCGACAUGGAUGAGGCAGCAACGGCGAUGGCGCCGACGCAAGUGCUCGCUUCCCUGCAGACGGAGUACGGAAUUUCUGGCGGCGCUCAGCAAGACGCCCACGAGCUCUUCCUUCACUUUCUGGACGAUCUCCCUCAGAGAACUUGUUUCGGGCUGUGUCAGUCCACUCUACACGCUGCCAAGAAUGCGAGCUGGUGUCCGCCCAACAGGAGGAAGGUCGAAGUGUUAGGAGGAGCCGACAAGUACGCCUGUCCUCGCUGCAACACCAUGGUCGAGGCUGCUCGAUGGACCAGCUUCUCUCCGCCUUACCCGCCAUACCUCAUGAUCCACCUCACCCAGCCGGGUCUCGCCACCAACAUCCAGACAACACUGUCUCACGAGGUCCUGAUCGGCAGCGAGCGACAGGACCCUACGAGGCGCUACGAGCUGCUGGCGGUGAUACUGCGCAGUCACUUAUCAGAAGCCCUGGGCCAUUACACGGUGAUCUGUAGGUCAAGCUCAGGUUGGAAUCACUUUGACGACUCCAACGUCAGCGCACUGUGCGGCCUGCACGUCCAGAAGUUCCUUCAGCCCAUGGAGCGAUCGAGGGAUUCCUUCACUGCCUACAUGCUCCUCUAUGGAGCCUUGGACGGAAAGGAAGGAGAGCAGCUAACACCAUAG